AAUGAUCUUGGAGGAUCAAAGAUGUUCAGAUGUGAUUCAUGUGAAGUAGAAAUGGAUCAAAACAUCCAGGAAUAUCUUGCUCAAAUAUUUGAUGGAGGGUCAGGCUUUGGCCUGACUUUGGAACUUGAACCUACAUAG